AUGUCUACAUUAAAUCCCAUCCACUCUCGACUUUCUGCUAUUAAGUCGCACCAGUCACAAGUGAGAGUGAUUGAUGCGACCCAGGCUGCUGGCGAUGAGGAUCUCUUGAAGGAAAUCGGAUACAAGCAGGAACUGAACCGGAAAUUCAAGACCUAUCAGAUCUUUGGUAUUGCAUAUAGUGUCAUGGGCAUUUUGCCCGGUGUGGCAUCCGUUUCGUCCAUUGGGCUUGCUGGCGGUCCAGCCGCGUUUGUUUGGGGGUGGUUUGUCACGUCGAUCAUGAUAUUAACUAUUGCUGUUGCCAUGAGCGAAAACGCAUCUGCUAUACCAACCAGUGGAGGACUUUAUUACUGGACAUAUGUUUACGCUCCAGAGAGAUUCAGGGUUUUGUUUUCGUACAUCAUCGGCAUGACGAACGCCAUGUCGCUCUGUGCUGCGCUGGUGAGUGUCAGCUACGGUCUUGCCGAAGAAAUCUUGGCUAUUGUGGUUAUCCAAAAGGACGGCAACUUCGACGUGACAGAGGGCAGAACGUACGCUGUUUUUGCUGCGGGCGUGAUUGUGGCUGCAAUUGGAACCUGUGUGAGUAGCCGCAACGUGGCCACCUUGCAGACUGUGUCGGGAGUCGCCAACACGCUGGUAAUGUUUAUAUUUUUGGUGGCUCUGCCGAUCGGAGCGUCUCAGGCGGACUUUGGCAGAAGAGACGCCAAGUUCAUUUUCGGCCAUGUCAAGAGCUAUUCGGACUGGAGCACGGGCUGGCAGUUCUGUCUUGCGUGGAUGGCGGCCAUCUGGUCGAUCGGCGCAUUCGACUCUCCGGUGCACAUGUCUGAGGAGGCCCAGAACGCAACCUACGGAGUUCCUCUCGGCAUUAUCAGUGCAGUUGGUGUUUGCGCAUUUGGAGGCUGGGCGUGUGUGCUGUGUCUGGUGGCCUGCAUGAAGCCCGAUGUUGCUGCUGUGCUCGACACCGAAACCGGUUUCCCUUUUGCCCAGAUCUGCUACGACGCCCUGGGAAAAAAAUGGGCCAUUGGUAUCAUGUCGCUCACUGCGGUGUGCCAGUGGCUGUGUGCGGCAUCGAUUCUGACCGCACUUUCUAGACAAAUCUGGGCGUUUGCCAGAGACGACGGGCUGCCAUUUUCGAGCAUAGUCAAGGUGGUCAACAAACGACUCAGGGUGCCUAUCAGGGCCGUCAUUUUUGCUACCGUGGUUGCGCUGAUGAUCGGCUGUCUGUGUCUUGCCGGUCCUACAGCCGCCAACGCCCUAUUCUCGCUCGGAGUGUCCGGAAACUAUGUCUCGUGGAGCACGCCGACCCUGCUCAGACUCACCUCUGGCCGCUCUGUGUUCCGGCCCGGAGCAUUCUACCUUGGCAAGGUGCUGUCGCCGAUCGUGGGCUGGAUCUCAUGUUUGUGGACCGCAUUUGUGCUGGUGCUGUGCAUGUUCCCGUCAAACAAAACGGUGGAAAAGGAUACCAUGAACUACAACGUGGUGAUCAGCUGCGGGGUGUGGAUUCUGUCGUUCAUCUACUUCUUCGUCUACAAGUACAAACACUUCCACGGACCGCGGUCGAACCUGGAAGAUGACGACGACGAAGAGCCGCUAAAGGUGGACAUGGUGUUGGAGGAUAAAUUGGCGUAA